GGGGUUGGAGAAAGAUAUAAAUGCUGAUAGCUGGAGACACAGAGCAACACUGAACUGGAGAGACUUAAGAGAAGAGGAAUCAGACACCAAACAUGAAUCUGAAACUUCUUUUUUGCCCUGGAUUCCUUCUGCUGCUUAUUGUCAGUCAAAACCAGGCAGGGGCCAGAUCCAUCUCCAGCUUCCAGAGUCUGCCCAAAUUGUUAGACGAGGACCUGGAGCAUCCCCUGGACUCAGAAGAGUGGGACCAUGAGGAAGAUGACCUGAUCCCAGCAGGUGUCUUUGAUCAGCAAGACACUGAACUCCCGUGGAUCCAAACCAGCAGGGAGCAGCCCAGGAGCAGGGAACAGUCCAGGAGCAUUUCCCUGGGAGACAGCGCCAUCCAGAGAUUCUUCAGCGACCUCCUGAGCUCAGCCCGGAGGCAGAAGCAGAAAGGCAGAAGCAAAAAGGGCCUCUCCAGGGGCUGUUUUGGUGUCAGACUAGACAGAAUUGGAUCCCUGAGUGGAUUAGGAUGCUGACUCUGCUGGUAAGAGAAAGCCAGAGGCUGCUGGUCUGUGUAUUCAUGUAUAACUUGCAGAAAUAUGCAAAAGAGCAGAGUUAAUUCAGCUUCAAGGAAAUGGUGCCUUAAAGUAAGUUUUAUCCUCCUAUCCCAAACACAGUUUAUUCUUUUACCUUCCUCAGAAUUCACUGUCAUCAGAUGUAGACUUGAAACCUGUGAAUGCCUGCAUGCCACACCUCUGUUUUACUUGUUUUCCCUCCUUCCUCCGAGUCAGCUGCAAGCAUUUCAUCUUGUCCUAGAAGAUCAGAGAGGUUUUUCACCAGCUCCCCAGGGAUACUUAUUUCAUUCCAAACAAACUCUAAGCAGAACAGUGGAGGUAAAUCUGCCACUAGAACAGUAAGAAAAGAGUUAAUUUCCAUGUGUGAAAUCCUGUACACUUCUCUUUCUAUUAUUUAUUCAUCUUCCUUAUUGACAGGACUGACUUUGGGGUUUCAAAGCACCCCUUGCCUACCACUUUGUACUGAGCAAAUGCACCCACCUCUCCCCUGAUAUCCCUGGCCAACAGAAUGCACCUUUGCUGUCCUGCCUGUUUGUAUCAGAAUAUUUAUUUAUGAACAUCUAUCUGAAAAUUAAAUACAGGAAACGACCUUUGUACUGUUUGUUUACUGAAUGUAUAAAUAAACAAGCCUCAUUAUGUCACAGGUAAUAAACUGUUUUCCAUAAUG